AGUGCGAUCGAGGAUCCCCGAUUUUCGAUCGGUCGUCGAACGCAACGUCGGUGGACAAGGUCUAGGAUGAAAUUUCAUCGCGUUGUCGAUAGAACACGCGAGGACUAUGACCGAGAACGUACACCGUGAGGACUGAAAACGCUCCAGAAAUCGUAUCAACGGACAAAUUCCGGAGGAAAGUGAUCGUUCUCGACCGGUGGAGUCAGGUAAAGGUUCGAAGCCAUUUAAAACUGGUCCGAAAAAUGAACUGGUUUUUUUGUGGGUCAUGACGUUAAAAGUUACGAAAAUAUAUAUCGAGAACUGUGCUUAACGGGACUGUUCUGGACGUUAAAAAAUUGUGCUGCCCCGUGACCUUGAAUACUGAUCGUGGUAACGCGAAAAUACACUACGGUCCAUGUGCUCGCCGUCGCCGGAUCUGCAAUUCAAGCAGAGGAAUAACAAUUUCGUUUCAUCGUGAUAAGGCUGUUCUUUUGCUUUCGUUACGAUCGAACGGCGUGUAACUUCCAGGCAACCUCGGAAGAAAAAGAACCGUAUAGCCCGACGAUGAACGCGUUUCGAAUUAUUUAAGACGGUCGCGUAGGCGCUCUGCAUUGUCUCCGGGUGGUUCGGCUCGCGGGGGAAAAAAAAACGAAUAAACGAGAGAAACUCUGCGGCAAGAGGGAACGAAGAUAUUGGAAAAAGAUGGCCUCUAUGUGUGGUAGCACGAAGAGCUAUCCGGCGAUAAACACCGGCAGCUAUUACAGACCAGGUGCCUACCCUUAUCAGAACGAUUAUUACUUACCACCGCGGUCAACAUGGUCGAGGGUGUCUCCGCAUCAGACGAAGAAACAAAGGGGCAGUACCACGUGGAAAGUCGGCAGCGCGAUGUUGAUAAUCUCCGCCAUGCUAGUAUUAAUCGCUGUCUUCGCGAUCGCUGGACUGGCUUUGUGGAUGGGAGCUCUCCGAACAGACUCGAAAAAUGCUAUCGUUGGAUUCACCUGCACCUUCAGGGUGGCCAAAGGUGAAAAGUACAACCCCAUGUUGAAACUAAAUACGAGCAUGGUGUUUCGCGAGAAGGAACGAAAGUAUAAGAAUAUAUUCGAGCUCCUAUUUAGAAGAAGCGUUCUAGGCACUGCUUAUCAGAAGACCAUCAUAGACAAAUUCGAAAGCGGCAUUCUGAAGGUCUUCUUCAGGAUAUAUCUGGACAGAAGGAAGGUGCCGCGAUCGAUCACGAACAUCGAGGAUACGCUCGAAGACAUAAUCGCGAAGGAGACGUACUCGUCGUCUUCUCUGUUCAAGGACAUGGAACUAGACCUCACCACGAUAUCGGUUAAAAGAAUAAAUCAGGACGCAGCCGGAGGUCAGAAACAGUCGCAGCAGAAAAACGCGAUGAUCACGAAGAACGGUCUCCUGCGCCCGAGUCGGAACAAUUCGCUGAUCACGAGCCCGAAAACAAAAACGAAACCGAGCAAACCAGAAUCCAGCGAGCCUGAAAUCGAUUUCAGCAACAUACCGACGAUUCAGGGCACGUACAAAGCCACGAAAGUGAACGCCACCGCUCAGAACAAGAUCAAUUCCACGGAGGGUGUUAGAACGCAGCCCGACGCGAGGAACGACACGAGAGGACCGUUAGCUCGCGAGGAAACUACUAUGAAAUCCUCCACUGUAGGAACGAGCGAGCCAACGCGCGGUAACGUGCACACGGUGCCCAUUAAAAUCAAACAGAGGGUAAAUUACACAGCGAACGACGCGCAACUCAACGAAACCAUCACGGAAUCAACCGCGAGGGUCCCGACGUCCACGAUGGCCGCCGCUCUGAACAAAACUGACGACAUUUUCAAGGAUUUCCGGAAACCCGAUUUCGAGACGUCGCCGUGGAAGCCGAUCAUACCCGGUUACGUGAACACCGAAUUGAAACUAUUGCCUGGGAACGUAGAGACGACCAACAACAAAGUGAACUACAGCAACGCGAACGUUGGGGAAGCAAUGGUCCCCGAAACGACCCUGAAACCGCCUCGACACACCGUUCAGAGCGUCCUCGAAACGUCGACGACGCGAACGAAAGUCGCGGAGCCGCCGGAAACGCUGAUCUCGUUCGCGGACGUUCCCGGUAUGAGCACCUUCGACACGGACGACAGCGACUUCCCGCGCGACAGGAUCGUGCCCCAGGAAAUGGUGAACUUCCGUGUGAACGGGAAAUUCAAGAACAAAAUCCCGGGACUCCUGGAGGACGGGCAGAUCUUCACCGUGCCUCCGGCGAGGACGGACGACGCCGAGAAGCCGGAAAUAGAAGUGGCGGGCCAGCUGCCGCUCGAGACCUACGACCUGAAGCUACGUACUUCCGCUCAGCCCGAGAGAAUGGAAUUUUCGUUCACGAAACCCUAUCGGUCCACGAACGAGAACGAGACUGGCUGGAGAGUCCCUGGAUCGCGAGUCUCCUACACGAUAACGGAUCCCAUUCGCGACUCGGAAGACGCCAAGCAUCCUGGAGGCUCGUCGAAAACGAACAAGAAGAGAGUGGACCAGGUUACCGCGAACACGGAGAAACGAAACUCGACGAUCGGUUCCAGUACACCCAGAUGGAACGUGCAGAGGCCGACACAACCCGACGUGGAAUCGACCACGAAAGUGUCCAGGGUAGGCGUGGCGGAGCCUAUUUCGGACGUGGACGUCGAAUUGGAGCCUAGGAACCGAUACUCGGACGUCCAAGGGGUUACCAAACACCAUAAUAACGCUUUGCAAGACAGAAAGGUUGACAAGACUGUCCAGGAGCCUGUGUACACGAGCUACAAGACGCCCGAUUUGAACGGGGCCGCUCUGAGGCCAAGCUUGAUCGAGAACUCUGGGACGCUCAAGCCUUUCAGGCACACUAUUCCGGUCGACAAGAUCACGUCCGUGGUGGAUGACGACGGGAACGAUCAAGAGUCCUCGUCGAAGCAAGAGACUAAUGCCGUGACCGACAGCAUAAUACACGAGGAAGAGAAAUUCGUCGAGGUGGCUCAAACGAACGCGAACGCAAACGCGACGCGAGUGUUGCCAGGAGACUUGGAAAAAGUCGUGGAAGUAGAGACUUUUGUCAGGGAUCGGGAAACGAACGUUCCGAUGGAGCACGCAAAGAUCGAGAUGUUCGAUCGCGUGACGCCAACGGAAUCGAGUACUCGAGGUAUGAUAGACGACGAGAAAUUGUUGAAACUGAGCACGACGGAAGUCUACUCGGAGAUGAUUCACCCGUCGUACAAUAACAUAGACAAACUGGUCGUGAGGAACGAGGACACCAAGGAGACGCCACCGGAAAGAAUAACGUCGAACGUAUCGAGAAACUCCACGUUCAUAGAAAUCGACACGCUGCAGCACACUCCUGGACAGACCGAGGACAACGAUUCGUCGAGACACAGGCCGCCUUUCGAUACGGAGGACGAGUCGUACUGGUUCUCCAACGAAACCACGAAUCGACCCGGCUCGCUGGAGACCCGGAAGAAGGUCUACAACGACACCCUGAAGGCAUACGUGGUGGAGAACUUGGUCACGUUGGCGCCCGCCAAGAGCAACACUGCUGUUGGCAGGCCUGUCAGACCCAGACCCAAAGUCGACAAAGAGAAAACCGCGAACCGAAGCUCCACGGAGGACGCGAUGCUUCUGGAGCAGUUGUUCGGCGUGCAGAGUCGCGACAGAAACACGACGAAACGCGAUUCGCCUAAUCGUCGGGACUACCUCCAAUCCGAGGCGUCGGAGAACGCGAACGGGCACGCCAGGAUCGAGCAAAUCGUAGAAGUGGUGACGUCGAUCAGCACCAAAGUGUCCUCGAACUUCAACGACGAUCCUAUCGUGCUGAAACUCAUGAUCACCAAUUCUACGUCGCUUCCGGUGAUACGCUCGGAAUCGCACGAGGAAACGUCGACGCAACGAGUACCGGAAGAGUUUGCCGCCGACGACAGUCGCGAAGAGAAUCGUUCGUUCGAAGGCGACUCGAAGAUGGAUCUAGAUCCGAGCAAAGGGGGCGAGAAAGUAGAAAAGUCUCACGAUCAGACGAUUCAGACGUUCGACAGGAAGAUCUCCACGAUCGAGGAAAACCGAUUUCUGCUGGAGAAGCUGAAGCAACUAGCCGCGAUCGGGACCGACGACAAGCCGGUGAAAAGUAGCAAGAAUCAUUCGAGACCUCAGGUUUCGAACGCGAAACCGGAAGCCCGGCCGUUGCUCGAUUUCGAGAAACUGAAGGAGAUCGCGGACAUCGCGACCGGGAACAAGACCUUGAUGAACUCGAGCGCGGGGUUCACGAUGACACGCGACGGAGUGGAAAUAUUCACCAAGAUCUUGAACAAGAUGGAGGAUCGAGACGACAAGAUGAUCUCCACCACCGAGAAAACUACAGAAGCUGACGAUUGUUUCGGUUUCCUAUGCAGAGACGGGAAAUGUCUGCCAUCCAGUGGCAGAUGCAACAUGUUGGGUGAAUGUUCGAAUUCGGAGGACGAAGCGAACUGUACGUGCGCCGACUUUCUAAAAGCGCAGCUCCUGCAUCAGAAAAUUUGCGACGGCGUGGCCGACUGUUGGGACUAUUCGGACGAAACUGACUGCGACUGGUGCGAGGAGGGUCAAUUCGUGUGCGGUAACAGUCGAUCCUGCGUGGAUCAAGAUAAGGUUUGUAACGGUUUCGCGGACUGUCCCGAAGGGGAGGACGAAAAGAAAUGCGCUGCGCUCAUAGAGGACGACAUAGUUCUAAAUCACGAGAACACAAGCGCGUUUCCAACGCGGGAGAAUAAUUUUGAGACGACGGUGACGGAGGACGCGUACCCAUCGGUGCAGGAAUAUUUUUCGGAAAUCGAAUCCACCACUGACAAGGACGUCGUCUUCGAUCAAGAAGCAGUCGAAUCCUCCAUCUUAGAAUCCACUACUCUCCGUGCUCUCAAGGACAACGUUCGGCUGGAAAAAAUUAUAAACACAAAAACUGAGUCGACGAUCAAGGAAGGAGCGGUCUUUGGCAACCGUGAACGAUCUAACGCCACUCUAGUUUCCGGAAGGGAAAUAUCGUCGAAUGGAAAGGACGUUCUUACUCGUGGGAACUCUAUCCACGUAAAUGCAAACGAGAACGACGCUACCUCCAUCAAUGUUAAGAAGGAGAUUAACAAUUACAACGAGGAGGGUUACAUAAACAUACGAAAGAACGGGAAAUGGGGAAAAUUGUGCUUAAGUGGAAUGGAUACUCUUUUGCAAGAGAGGCAAGCUACCUGGACCAUGGAGGACCUCGGCAGAGCUGUUUGCAAGGCAAUUACGUAUCAAGAUUACGAAACCGUCGAAAAGGUAUUGGACGAAAGGCCAACAUCCAGUCGCUCGUAUUACACGUUGUCGUACAACGAGAAACCCCUGGAUAAGACGAUCCUGACUUUCAAACCAUCCGAGUGCCCGAGCGGCGAGAUUCUCAGGGUCAAGUGCAAGAACCUUGAGUGCGGAAUAAGAACGCAGGUUCCAUCGCAGGCAAGGAUAGUUGGGGGCGGUAGCUCUUCGGCUGGAAGCUGGCCGUGGCAGGUGGCUCUGUAUAAGGAAGGCGAUUAUCAAUGUGGAGGUGCUCUCAUCAGCGACAGAUGGAUCCUAUCCGCGGCGCAUUGCUUUUACCAUGCUCAAGACGAGUAUUGGGUGGCAAGGAUCGGAGCAACUCGCCGUGGAAGUUUCCCGAGUCCUUACGAACAAGUGCUACGCUUGGACCACAUAUCCUUGCAUCCCGAAUACAUCGACAACGGAUUCAUAAACGACAUAGCGAUGCUGAGGCUCGAGAAGCCGGCGAUCUUCAGCGACUACGUCAGACCGAUAUGUCUUCCUGAAACAGAGCCAAAAAGUGGUACUAUGUGCACCGUGACCGGAUGGGGGCAACUGUUCGAGAUUGGAAGAAUAUUUCCGGAUACGCUGCAAGAAGUACAGCUUCCUGUAAUCUCCACGGAGGAGUGUCGAAGGAAGACGCUGUUUCUUCCCUUGUACAGGAUCACGUCGGGAAUGCUUUGCGCAGGAUUGAAGGAUGGUGGAAGAGAUGCUUGUUUGGGAGACAGCGGUGGACCUCUGGUUUGCUCGGGAUCGGACAACACGUACACUCUUCAUGGUAUCACUUCGAACGGUUAUGGUUGCGCCAGACCCGGAAGACCGGGAGUCUACACGAAAGUCCAUCAUUAUCUUCCUUGGAUCGAGCACACGUUCUCGAGCGAGGACAUUCGAUCGUCGAUAGUGUCCUGCAAGGGACAUCGAUGUCCCCUCGGUGAAUGUCUGCCAAAAUCACGAGUAUGCAACGGAUUUUUAGAAUGCUCGGACGGUAGCGACGAACGUAAUUGUCCUGUUAAUUUUUAACACGUCGUGUCCAAUGGCGGGCAUCGAUCUUCGCCAUUUAGUCUUUCCGUUCAAGGCCCUCGUGCACUUGAAACGCUUACCAUCGAUAAACGCAGAUACUUGGAAACAUUCGAAUACCAAUUUACGUAAUUCGGAAUACUGUAAAAUAAUAAGUACACCGUCGAAGUAUCGAAUGUUUCUAGUUUUCUGGACGAAUCAAAACGGAAAGACACCGAACGUGUUAACGAAAAAAAGACUGAUGGUAUUUGUACACGCGUCGGGCAAACGAAUUAAUUAAUUAAACGAGUUUAAGAAUCCGCGUGUCUGCUCGCUGGCAACGAAACCGUAGUUGGCUGAAAAUCAAUUGGCCGCUCAACUUAAACAUAGGAGAAAAGUAGUUCUGCCUAGCACGAUUCACGGUUGGGGAAACGAUCUUGAGCAACCAAUUAAUUUUAUCCUAACGAUAAUCCGUUUGCCGCAAUCAGACGCGAGGAUCAAUGAGUUUUUGAAUAAAAAGCAAAACACGAGACAUACACAAGCACUGAAAGAAACUGUUUGAAUUUUCACCGUGUCUUUACGAACACUUCUGUAAAAUAUAAAAAUGUUCGUUGAUUUGAUAUAUGUAUAGAUAGAAAUCGAGAACUGAAGACAAAUGUUACAAAAUAUAUUGAACAUCCGUACAAGCUGUUGAAAGUUUCAAGUAUUAAUGAUUAACUAAGAAGUAUAAUCUUCUGUGCAAUUAUCAAUGCGUUUGAUUGUUAAUAUUAAUGCGUUAGAAUCAUAGAAGUAAAUCGACUAAUGGCAACCAUUAGAUUAUUCACGGCAUUAUUUGUUCAAUCAUUCGUACGACUCAGACGUACUUAGCGUAGACAUAUUUAGACGAACCUGGCAUUCUGAUUCUUUGUAGUUGCAAAACGAAUCUCAAGGCCACGUAUAUCGUGCUCACUACUUUAGUCUCUUCGUAAGUUCAAAGGUUUUUAACAUAAUGUGUAUAUAUCGUGUCUA